AUGUCUUUCCUUGACUCGGACUCGGACGACGGAGGCGCGUUCCUCAUGCCGUACCAGACGACCAUUCCGAGUCUGGCGGGUGCAGGAGGCACAAACAAGGGCUUUGCCAGCGGUCACGGACUAGACAUGGCCAAUCCAUUUGGCGGCGACGGUGAGAGCGACGAUAGCGAGCUUGACAACCCGUUUGCUGACGGCGACGACAAAGGCGAUGACGGCGACGACGACGAGUACGGGAACCCGUUUGCCGAUGCUGUGCCACAAGUGUCGGUCGCAGCGCGUGCUCGGGAGCAGGCGCAGGCACAGAGAGGCGCAGCCGGACGGGGCCGGGUGGCGAGCCCAAAGGGCGACGAGGAGGCGGCAAACCCGUUUGCGGCGGCUGAUGCUGCCGAUAGCGCCGCCAAUGACGACCAAGUUGACAGCAAUCCGUUUGCCAAUCCAUUUGAGUCGCCUGGAGUGGCAGCUGCCAAGAGUCGUGCGAGGUCCGGGACACCUGGCGGUGACGACGGCGAGUAUUCGUACUACACCGACGACGACGAAGACGAGGCUGUUGCGGCGAGCCCAGCCAGACCUGCAGGCCGGAGCGAGACGAGUGUAGAAGCUGCGGCGAGCUCGGCGAAGGCUGCCGCUGCCGUUGUUGGCAAUGGCGAUGGCGAUGGCCUAGAUGCGCUGCCAGCCGAGCUGGUUCCCGAGGGCUACGAAGGCCGGCUCAUCACUGUGCAGCCACUGGCGGGCACGUUUGACUCGGAAGACAGCUCGGGAAGUGAGAGUGCGGCGACGGCGGCCAAGAAGCUCGGACGCAAGCUCGGCUCAUCGCUCGGGCUCUUCAAGCACACGGUGUACACAGUGCGGACCGAACAGCACUCGAGGGUGAUGGAGGUGGAGCGGCGGUACAAGCACUUUGACUGGCUCUACCAGCAACUGUCGGAGGCGUUCUCGUUCCGACUUGUGCCGACGCUGCCGGAGCGCAAGUUCUUCGGCCGGUUUGCCAAGAACUUUAUCGCGCGGCGGCGGGCCGGCCUGGAGUCAUUCCUCAACUUUAUCGCCAACCACCCGAUAAUGUGCCGGAGCUGGGCGCUCGAGGCCUUUCUCACCACCAUGGACAAACGCGAGUGGGAGGCGAUCAUGGCCGGAAAGGUGCCUGGUGGCGGCGACCUCGGCAACACGCUUGGGCUUCCGAGUGGCGGCGUGACCGAGUAUCUCACGCCCGCACUGCGGAUCCGGGCCGAGGCUAUGGCGGCCAAGGUGGCCGGCUACCAGGCCUUCAUCCGCGCAGCGCAAAAGACGUCGGAGCGGCGCGAGGCGCGGAUCCGUGAGGAUGUGGAGGACAUGCACAUCUUCGCCGAGGCGCUCCAUGGCGCACUCGACGACUCACACCAGCCUGUGGCCCACGAUGCGCCGCAGCUGGUCCACGCGGGUAUCUGGGUCCGCAAUCUCGACCGCGAGCUUGACGGCUACUCGAGCGCCGUCACCGACGAAGUGUGGUCGUACCAGGGCCUGCUCGGCACCGCCAUCGGCAUCGCCAACGGCAUGGCCAACGCCGUCGCUGCGCGAGACAAGCAAGCCGAGGCGACGAAGGCACUCUCCAACGCGGCCGCCACCGCCCGAAGCAAGGCUCUCCAGGCGCCCGACGAUCUCGCUGCUGAGGACGUGGCGCGCAAGCUGGAGGCCCAGGUCACCGCCGCCCGCGCCGAUGCCGACAUCGCCCUCUACUGCGUCUUGCAAGAGUGGAAAAUCUUCCACGAGUACCAACCGCAGGUUGUCUCGCAGAUCAUGGAGCAGUACGUUGUCGGCGAGUCGGCCUCGCUUCCCGAGCGGGUCCGCAAGCUCUGGUUCGACACGCUGCCGUAG